AGCCAGCAUGCGCGACCAUCCGAAGCGCUCGCAGCAGCAGCGCCUGCGUGGCCUCUACCCCGUGGGCAUCCUCGCCAUCUUCUUCGUCAACGUCUACUACUUUGGCUUUGGCAGCUCGGACAAGGCGCGCUUCAAGCACCUGCAAAUCGACGACGGCGGGCCCUUCCUGCCGCCUGUCAACGAGCCGUCGACGUGCUGGUUUGACGACGCCCAUACGAAGCGCGUGCCGACGAACGACCUCGAGCACCUCAGCCUCCUGCACGCCGCGUGCACGAGCGGCACGGACGACAUCAUUACGUGGCACUACGGCACGAAUGCCACCAAGGCCACGUACCCGACGCGCUUGAACCGCGACGACCCGCGCGUGCUCGACGAGCUCCGUCGCUGCCCCGACUUUGACAUCUACCUGCCUCCCGGUCUUCGCGGCUCGGGCUACUGCGAAGACGGCUGCGCCUACACCAAGUACGGCCGGUCGCGCCUGCUGCCGCAGUGGGCGCUCGAAGACGAGUACUUUGACCCGCAGCGCAACCGCAAGGCGACGUACCACGACCUGUGCCCGCGGACGCCGAUCAUCUUCUUCAACCACUACUGGACCCCGUUUCCAUGGCCGAAACACAAGCCCAUCUACUUGAUGCCCAACAUUGAGAUGGGCCAGCUCAAGGCCCCCGAGUACUGGAGCGUCGACGUCGUCAUCUGCAAGACGCGCGACUGCUACCGCCGCGUCACUACGUGGUACAAGCAGGAGGGCAACCCGCGCGGCGCCGCCGUCUUCUACACGCGGCACACGACCGCCGACAUCGCGGGCCACAUUGCGCGCAAGCUCGGCCCCGGCGGCGUCAAGCCCAAGGACUACCGCAACAAGGUGCGGUUCACGCACACGGCGGGCGGCAGCGUCAGCAAGGGCACGGGCCAGGUCAUCGAGUGCUGGCUGUCGCGCCCGGACCUGCCGCCGCUCGACCUCUCGAUGAGCCCGGGGCUGUACGACUUGGGCUAUGGCGACAAGUACGCCGAUAAGAUCGCACUUGCCAAGAACAUUAACUUCAAGCACAACGCGAUCGACGAGGUGUCGUUCGGGAAGCUCUUGGCGGAGACGUCCUUCUUCCUCUGCGCGAGUACGUGGGAGGGGUAUGGCCACUACAUCAACCAGGCGCGCGCGGCCGGCGGUGUCAUCAUCACAACGAACGGCCCGCCGAUGAACGAGCUCAUUGUUGCGCCCGAGAGUGGCGUGUACGUGGACACGGUCGUCCACCACCACCCGCACCAGAUCAUGGGCGGCGGCUUCGAAGGCGAGCACGGGCUCAAGGGGGGCUUCGGCGGCCUCCAAGCCGACUAUACGACCGAGGACCUCUGCAACGCCGUCGACCACGUGCUGAGCUUGACGGGCGGUGAGCGCGAGCGCAUGGCCAAGGCGGCGCAGCAGCAGUUCCACGAUGACACCAAGUUUUUCGCAGCCUCCAUGCGCAACCUCCAGGCCUUUGCCCGCGCGCACUUGCACUCGAACAUGACAGCCGCCGAGGUCGCAGGGACCAACUGGCACGCGACCGCCGUCCGCGACUACCCCUGCUAUUAG